AUAGACUCGUCCAGGUGAGACACACUCACCAAGAUGGCGACCCAACUGCUUUUCAAACUUGGCUUUUUCUGCGCUAUUACAGCGUUCCUGUUGAUGUUUCUGGCUUUUGCUACACCAUAUUGGUACAAGUCAUGGACCCGCGUCCACAGCCCGUUCUCCAAUAUAGGGUUAUGGCAUGUCUGUCUCGCGGGCUACAUACAGCCCAAGGACCCCAACAUGAAGUCCUAUGUUGGUUGUUGGUGGAUACACUCCUCAGAGUUCCGCCUUGUUGCUAAUCAAAUUCAACCACCAUGGUUUAGAGGGAUCCAAGCUCUGUCCAUCUUCACGCUGCUCGCAAACCUGGUCGGGGGUAUCUUGCUGCUGUUCUACUUGCCGGACAUGAUGUACAAGAAGUUGUAUGCUGGACGUAGAGUGGCCAUCCUCUUUGCUGGUAGUGUCAUGGAGCUGAUUGCAGCAUUCUUGGUGUUCAUCAUCGCCCUUGUGUUUGCGGAGAUGGCUAAUGACCCCACCUGGAUGCCACGGCCAUGGAUGAACUAUCUGUCUUGGAGUUACGGUCUGUGUGUCUUGUCGGGCUUCUUCUCGGCCUUCGCUGGUAUGUUCACCUUCAUCAUGGGCCUCAUCUUCAGGGACAAGGAGCGUGGUAUCAUCGGCAGCGACACUCUGGACACUCGACUGGAGCGCAUGAAGCAGAAGGAGCUGGAGGCUCAGAAUCGAACUAUGAAUGGUCCUCCUCCAUCAUAUAGUGGCGCCGAGCCUGUGGGUCAAGGUUACCGUGACCCAAGUAUGGGCUACCCAUCAAGUGGUUAUCCAUCAACUGGAUAUCCAUCAAUGGGUUACCGUGACCAAAGUGUUAUGGGUCCACCGAGUGUUGGCGGUUACCGUGAUCACAGUGUUGGGGGUCCGCCGAGUGUUGGCGGUUACCGUGACCAACAGAAAGAAUAUGACAGCGGUUCCAUGGCCAGUAGUUAUCGUGAUGAGAAACCCAGACCCUACCCUGAAGUUCACCAGAGAAUGGCCCAUGGUCAGCCGAGAGGGGCCCACUAUCGUCAUGGACCACCCAAGAUCGACCAAGGCUACCAGGGCCGGACAGGAAGUGAUAGCAGUAAUAUGGGUAGCCGUGGAAAAGUGGACGAAUCCGUUGUGUAGAGGAUCAAACCUCUGGUGCUGGAACUGUUUCCUGUAACAAGUCCAUGAUAUCUGCAAGAGGCUGCAAGUAUGAGGACAGGUUGCCAUUGUAAAUAGCUCAUCAUUACACACACAGAAACCAACAUGAUUCAUAGACACGAUCAAUUUCAAUUUAAUGCUCUAUCACAAUUUAGCAAGUCCCAUGUAUAUGAUGUAAACAAUAUUUCUCAUUGAUACUUUUAAGUUGUGACUACAUACUGCUUUUAGUAAAAUAAAUGUACAAAAUGUAAAAAUCAAAUAUGUGUUAUGGCAGAUUUUAUCCAUAGUUUCAUCUUUAGCCAUGAUCUUUGUGCUGAACUUACAAGAAAGAAAAUGUUUCUUGUGAAGAUACAUGUCAGGCAUUCUUGCCCCUUCAAUCCUGCUGUGAAUCUCUUAACUGAUGUGAAAAUAUUUAAUAAGUUCCUUGUGUCUUACCAGAAAUCCCAAUGUGAAUUAAUCUUUUGAGACUGAUUCAGAUUUAUUUGACUGCCAGGGCUCCAGAUAGGUUUUUGACCCAUUGUGUUACAAGUCAAUCGCAUGUCACAUAACCACCUAAUGUUGAUGUAUGUGAGAGUUAAAAUAAGCGAUAUGUUGCACAUUGGAAUUAUUCACUGCAGUUCACGUACAUGCAUACAAUGUGUGAGGCCCAUUUCUGGUGUCCCUGCCCUGAUAUUGCUGGAAUAUUGCUAAAUGUCAUCAUUGAUCAAUACUUGACAGUGCUGUCAACUAGUAAAACUAGUAAAAUAAACCUAAUUUACUCUUGGCUGUUAAAAUGCUAAAAUGAAAAGAUUGCAACAAAAUGUAAAAAUCAUAGUAACAUCCAUAUCCAUUGUAAAUACCACUACUUUUUAAUCAUUGUGUAAAUUGGCUACAUUUUCCUUUUAAGACUCUACCUAUGUAAUAUGUUUUUGUACAACAUGAAUAUUUCUUUAUAUGACUGUAUAUUUUUGCAUAAUAAAAUUUGCAAAGAUUA